GAUGACUCAAAUAUUUCUACAAACCAAAACACUGUAUUAGAAAUUGUCAUUUUGACAUAAGUUUUCGUUGUUACAUUGAUCUGUUGCUUUUGUAAGAUUAAUUUUUAGUUCGAUUAUCAAUUUAAAGAUUUCAUUCAUUUAAAUAAGAAGGGUCUAAAAUAAUUCAAUGUGAUUAAAUAAAAAAGCGCUUUUUGCAAAGUGUUAUGAAAGUUUUUCUAACUUGAGUUCUUUGGAAAUCAUAUUAUUGGAGCAAAUUAAAGCUAAAAUUGCAUCAGACAAAUUAAUCUUAAAAUCUGUAUAAAAUAAAAGUCGAUUGCUUGUUAUUACAUCAUUUUUAAGUGAAGCUAUCUCAAGAUGAGCGACGAAAAGCCAGUGAUAACUGACAACAAUUCGGGUGAUCAACCUGUAGUGAAAACAGCAAAACAGCUAGAAAAAGAAGCAGCAAAAGCUGCCAAGUUGGCAAAAUUGCAACAGAAACAAGCCGCACAAGCAGCACAACAAUCAGCAGCUCCAAAGGAAAAAGCUGAAAAAAAAGCGAAAGUCUCAAAAGAGAUUAUUUAUGAAGGAAAGACAGCUGAUGGAGAGAAAAAAGAUAUUUCAGGUCCAAUGCCUGAAGCUUAUAGUCCCCAAUAUGUUGAAGCUGCCUGGUAUUCUUGGUGGGAGAAGGAAGGUUUCUUCAAGCCGGAAUAUUUCAUGAAAGACGGACAGUUAUCAUCGAAAGGUAAUUUCGUGAUGGUGAUUCCACCACCAAAUGUCACAGGAUCACUUCAUCUUGGUCACGCUCUUACCAAUGCCAUUGAAGAUGCAAUCACUCGCUGGCAUAGAAUGAAAGGAAGAUCAGCUUUAUGGGUGCCUGGAUGCGAUCAUGCAGGAAUAGCAACACAGGUCGUUGUCGAGAAGAAACUUUGGCGUGAAGAAAAAUUAAGUCGACAUGAUUUAGGUCGUGAAAAAUUCAUCGAGAAGAUUUGGGAAUGGCGCAAAAGCAAAGGCGGAAGAAUUUAUCACCAACUUAAAAAGUUGGGAUCAUCUUACGAUUGGGAUCGUGUGGCAUUUACAAUGGAUCCAAAACUUUGUAAAGCUGUGACUGAAGCUUUUAAUCAACUUCAUGAGAAAGGUUUAAUUUAUAGAAACCGUCGGUUAGUGAACUGGUCAUGCUCAUUGAAAUCAGCAAUCUCUGACAUUGAAGUGGAUAAAAUUGAAGUUCCCGGAAGAACAUUCAUGAGAAUUCCUGGAUAUGAAGACGCGAUUGAAUUCGGUGUGCUUGUGUCGUUCGCGUAUAAAAUUGAAGACACAAAUGAUGAGAUUGUCGUUGCUACAACGCGUAUUGAAACGAUGCUUGGUGACACUGCUGUGGCAGUUCAUCCCAAUGACAAACGCUACUCGCACUUACAUGGAAAGUUUGUAAAACACCCAUUCGUCAAUCGACGUUUGCCGAUAGUUUUAGAUGAGUUUGUUGAUAUGAAUUUCGGAACUGGCGCUGUUAAGAUUACACCAGCACAUGAUCCCAAUGAUUAUGAUGUUGGUAAACGAUAUGACCUUCCAUUCAUUACAAUAUUCAGUGACGACGGAUUUAUAAUUGGCGACUAUGGAAAGUUCACUGGAAUGAAGCGUUUUGAUGCGAGAAAAGCUGUGUUAGCUUCAUUAAAGGAAUUGGGAUUGUACAAGGAGACUGUCAACAAUCCUAUGGUUGUUCCAAUUUGCAGUCGAUCAAAAGAUGUCGUUGAGCCUUUAAUCAAACCUCAAUGGUAUGUAAAAUGUGAUGAAAUGGCAGCAAAAGCAACUGAAGCGGUGAAAAGCGGAGAACUUAAAAUCAUCCCAGAAAAUCACACCAAAACUUGGUACCAUUGGAUGGAUGGAAUACGCGAUUGGUGCAUAUCACGACAACUUUGGUGGGGACAUCGAAUUCCAGCAUAUUUUGUGAGAUUUAAUGAUGUUUCAAAGACGCCGAUGGAUUUGCAAGAAGAAGAUUUUUGGAUUGUUGCACGUAAUUUAGACGAAGCAAUUGAGAAGGCAACGAAGAAGUUUAAUGUCACUAAAGAUUCCAUAACAUUGCAUCAAGAUGAAGAUGUGCUUGAUACUUGGUUUAGUUCGGGACUUUUCCCUUUUUCUGUCUUCGGAUGGCCUGACAACACUCAGGAUAUGAAUCUUUUUUAUCCAACGUCGUUAUUAGAGACUGGACACGAUAUUUUAUUCUUUUGGGUCGCUCGAAUGGUUUUCUUCGGUCAAACAUUGUUAGGAAAACUUCCGUUUAAAGAAGUUUUCCUUCAUCCUAUGGUUCGUGAUGCGCAUGGAAGGAAAAUGUCGAAAUCAUUGGGAAAUGUCAUUGAUCCAAUGGACGUCAUUAAUGGAAUUUCACUUGAAGGUUUACAUCUACAACUUCUCGAUUCUAAUUUAGAUCCGAAGGAAAUUGAUAAAGCGAAAGCUGGUCAAAAGCAAGAUUAUCCUGAAGGAAUUCCGCAAUGCGGAACCGAUGCAAUGAGAUUUGCACUUUGUUCGUAUAUGACACAAGCGAGAGACAUUAAUUUAGACAUUCUUCGUGUUCAAGGCUAUCGAUUCUUCUGCAACAAACUUUGGAAUGCAACAAAGUUCGCUUUGAUGUAUUUUAAGAGUGGUGAAAAAUAUGAUGUUAUUAAAAAGAUUUCUUCACGUGAAAGCAAAGCUGAUUUGUGGAUUCUUUCAAGACUUUCUCAAGCUAUCAGCAUUUGCGAUAAAUCUUUUGUGAAUUAUGAGUUUGCUCAAGCAACACAAGCUGCUUAUAGUUUCUGGCUUUAUGACCUUUGCGAUAAUUAUUUGGAAUGUUUGAAGCCAAUUUUUGCAUCAGAAGAUGAAGAGAGAAAGUCAACAGCUCGAAAUGUUUUGUACACUUGUCUUGAUUUGGGAUUGAGAAUUCUUUCACCGUUCAUGCCAUUCAUCACUGAAGAAUUGUUCCAAAGGUUGCCAAGAAGUAACUUAGAAAUUCCAAGCAUUUCCGUUGCUUCAUUUCCAGAAAUCGAACAAUUCAAUUUUCUCGAUGAGUCUCUUGAGAAAGAUUUUGAGUUUGUUCAAAAAGUAGCAAAAGAAAUAAGAUCAGCAAGAAGCGAUUACAACAUCCCAGCAAAGAUCAAAACGGAAGCAUUUAUCGUCAGUUCCGAUGAGAAGUUGACGGAAAUUGUAAACAAUUUCAAAAUUGAAGUUCAAACUUUAUCUUAUUGUUCAUCAUGUGAUGUUGUCUCGAAACCUCCCACUGGUUGCGCAAUCUUAACUGUAAAUGCUCAAUGUGAAGUUCAUUUAAUGCUGAAAGGAAUCAUUGAAGUAGAAAAGGAAAUUGGAAAGAUGGAGAAGAAACGUGAACAACUUCAAACCUCCAUCAAUAAACUCAAGCAAAAGAUGAGCAUUGAAGAUUAUGAGAAGAAAGUUCCUUUUAAUGUUCAACAAGACAACACCGAGAACUUAAAGCAAUCAGAGAUUGAAGUUGAAAGAAUUGGCGCUGCAAUGGAAGCUUUGAAACUUAUGUAAUGAAAUGCAUUAGAUUUAAAUUAAUUUUUUAUCUUUUUUCAUUAAAUUUUAUGCUUUGAUAUUUACAUCUGAUGCUAAUUUAUUAUCAACAGAAUAAAAGAAAAUGAUUGAAA